UGAACUUAUAUUCCUUUAAAACAGCAAUUCUUGAAUAAAGACUAGCAAAAAGAAAGGAUUCUGCUGCGCAGGUGAUUUGCGAUUUUGGUUUUGGAAAAUGGCGAUAAAUUCCGAUCAAGACGCUAGUUCACAAUGUCAUAUCGGUGAAGAGAAUGAAGAAGAUGGUAUCCUCCGUUGUCAGUUGAAUAUAUCAGGAACAAAUGUUAAAGUCCUUGGUGAAAGCAUCGUCAAUUUAUCACAGGAGGUAGAAAAUGCACUCUUGAGAAGAAAAUGGUCAACUCAGUUGAAGGUUGAUGAAGGAACAGGCAAAGAACGGAUCCAGUCACCUAUAGAAGAUGCAAUAUCAAUAUGCACAGAACUGAAUACUUCUUCAGAAUGCUUUGAAGAUGUUUUUGCAGCACUCAAACAAAGAGAGUCAUCCCUUCAAGAAACUGUCAAAGCUUUAACCAAAGAGAUCGCUGACCUGAAAGACACUUGACAGACCUCAGUGGUCAGCUAAGGAUUCGCCAGAAUACAUGAACAACAUUUGGAGUAGGACAGAUCAGUAAAGGAUAAAGAUAUGGACUUUGUAUGUUUUGCCCAUCUGGACUUACCGAUGGCUGAAAGAAUUUAGAGUGUAAAAUCAACCUCUAAAUGGAGAUUGAAAUAGGAUUGUGAAGCAAAACUGGAGUACCUUUUUUGUAGGCAGAGUUGCCUACAUUUGAAAGAAAUACUAGAUUAGCAAAUGGUGUUGAUUUAGGCUUUUGUUUUAGUAAAUUGCAAUAAGCCAACAACAUAUGAAGAAGUAAAUAAUGAAUUAGCCUUUAACCUUUUUGCACAUAUGUUGAAUCUAACCUCGCAGUUCACACAAGAGAAGUCCCCCACACCUACAUGUUGGCAGCAUUACCCCCAUUUAUCCCAUGCCAAGAGAGACCAAUUCAUCAACAUGUUAACUUAAAAGUAGAACAAUUGUAACAUUUUAAAAGCCAGAAAAUCCUUAAUUUGGGUAGGCAUGUUCAAGUUAGUCCUCCCAUCCCCCCCUUUCCCCCUGAAAAAAAAGAGUGCACAUAAAAAAUCCUAGCCUAAAAGUGCUUUUCAAAUAGGAUUUUUUUUUGUUAUAACAAUUGAAUUGGCUAACUUUUUAACAAAAGUUUUAUCAAAAUAACUUGGGAGAAGAAAAGUAUUGCUACACUUCUGCGUAAAAAUAAAAUAUUCAUCAAAUUAUCCACGAGUUAGCACACACUCAAAAUUGUUGCCUUUCAAAGUUUACAUGAGAAAUUGAAAUUAUUCAUUUCGUCUAAUUCUUCUGGUUUGAUGAACAUGAUUUGGAGGAAAAUUUCUGAAUCUAAGUUCUUCUGAAACAUCCAUCCAGAUCAUUGAAGAAGAAAAAAAGACAAAUCAUAUUUUGCUACUGAAAUGCUUUGCCAAUUGUACAAACAAAAGGGUAAUUUUGGUAUCACAAUUGAGUGAGCUAACAUUGAAAUAAAUAAUAAUUUCUGAAAUUCACCCAUUUGUGUGUUCACUCAUGCAUGUCUUAUUAGAUCAAUUUCACUUUUUUUACACAAAAGUUAGUCAAGUUUAAGAACACUUCCACCAAUUUAGUUUGCUCAAAACAUUUAAAGUUGUGCCAUUUUUAUUUCAUUUUAUACUUUAGGUGUAUUGUUCAUAUGCUGCAGCUGAAGCCCAUGUACUGUACAGAUAAAGUGAUAUUAAGUGUACAAGAAGUGGGAUAAUUUUCUAACAUUUUUUCAGCAUUGUUACUAUGGCAGUUACCUUGGAUGACAGAGAAAUCAUGGAUCAGGACCCUAGAUCAGAGCUGCCAACCUUAACAAGAAUAUUGCAGUAUUAUAAAAGCUGAAUAUCACGGUAUUUUCAAAGAAAUACCAUAUAGGACAACACAUAAAACUGAAUCUUUAGAAAUAAGUGACUUUAUGUCAAAACAAAAGUAAAGAAAGAAAUUGCAUACCUAUGAGUGUGGUAAAAUUAAAUUUAUUAUAUUACAUUUCUAGAUACAAAUUAUAUCAUAUAUUAUGAUCAAGAGAAUCUUACCUUCAACAUCAUAUAAUAUGUACCUCAUUCUUUAAUAAGCACAUACUUAUAAUAGAAACACUUUCAGUACUGAAUAAAUGAAUAUAAUUUCUCCUCACACCCCUAUCUUUUAUAUGAGCUGUUUAAUAAUACAUGCAUAUUCAUCAAUAUUCAUCACUGUAAUGAUAUGGAAAAAUGGAACUAUAUUCACCAUUCACAUGGUAUCCACAGUUAACCAUAUCAGUCCAUACAUGUUGAUGUAUAGUAGAGCAACAUCACCAUUUUAUGUAAAUUUAUUACUUAAAAAAAAUAUUGAAAAUGCACUAUGUACAUGACAUGUUGGCAAAUUCAAAUUAAGCCUAAAUUCAUUGCCAAGUUUUCUUUUUUUAUAUACUGCAUUGUAUGAUAAAAUCUGAAAUACAUGGGUGAAGAUUAUGCUUUGUCAGAUUCAUAUUCUCAUUGGUCAUUCUGCUAUGUUGUUUUCAAUUUCAAUCAGCUAUAAAAGCAUGGAUACUGUAAUAUAAGUAGUCAUCUUGAUAAAUGUAUACUAGUAAUACAUAUACUUUAGCAAUAGGAUUAAAGCCUGUCUUUAGCUUUGAUAAAGAGUCAGUAUUAUGUACUAUACUUGAGUAUCAUUGAACAUUACAAUAUUACAAAAGCGUAGUAGUCAUUGAAUGCAUCUUUUACCCAUUAGAAUGUCCCUUUUUCUGAUUAUUAGGAUUUAAAUUUAAAAAUAGCGUCCCUCUGUUAUUUUAAUUUAAAAAGGCUGUUUGAGCUCAUACCUUAAAUAUUCAGUAAUUGGAUAUUAGAGAGCUACUGACAAAUAUUAUAUCCUGAUAUUUUCAGCCCAUUCUAUGUUUAGGAAGGUGACUUAUAUAAACGACAAAUAUACGCAGAUGUUCUAUUUUGAUCAGGGCACCUGAUUGAAUUGAAAUCUGAUUUAAAUAAGAAAAUUUAUCAAAUGAAAAAUAUUUUUGUUUGAAGCGUUCACACCACAACCAUUAUGGGGCACAUGAAUUAAUAUGAUCUAGUAAUGAAAAUUAAUAUUGACAUGCUUUUUUUUUUUGCGGGGGGAGGAUUUACAAAACUAAAGAGAAUCUUUAUUAUCAUCUAUAUAGAGCGUUUUAGCCGUACAUUAAACAUGCAUAUUUUGCCUGCGCAGUAUGAGAGCAUAUCCCUAAAAUGACCAAAAUCUGAAGAAUAUCCCAUAGGCUCGUGUACAAAAUUUGCUAUUGAAUAUGAGAGCAUAUUCAACAGUAUAGUGCCCAUGGGCGAAUGCGUGAAAUAUACAAUGCGUACAACAAUGAAAGCAAUGCGGUGCGCAUCAUAAGGGCACAACGACACUCGAUGACGUCAUAUUGAACUACAUGCAAGUCGCAUGUCAACGACUGAAUUUGAUUAUGCCAAUAUGUGAUAAGUGAUAUGACUUUGUUUAAUCAAAUUUCUCCCUCUUUUUGAUUGCUAGAUGUGGGAUAGAUGAUAAUAAGUAUAUUGGAUGGCAUUCUUUCAUGGAAUACCAGAAAUAUUCCACUUGUUAUGGCCAGUAUUCCACUCAUCUGUGAUUCAUGGAAUAUUUGCCCAAACU